AUGUGGAAGACCCCCGGACUCGAAACCCGCAGCCCGGCCCGGGGCCCGCAUUUUCGCAGGCGGCAGGUGCAGCUGCCCAGCAGCUGGAGGCCCGUGACCUCCGCGCAGCUCGCCCUGCUCCCUGGCCCCAGUUACGCCCGAGGUCUGCGGAGGGACAACCGCGGCUAUGCUCGCGAGUCCAGGGGUCCAGAGGCAGAGCGGAGGGAGAAAAGUAGUUUAUGGGGCGGAGCAGAGGCGGCUGAAGGAGGAAGAAGUUUCAUCUGCAGUUUCCUCUUCCCCAGGACCCACACUCUUCGUCACAACGUCACAGUGGUGUCCCAGGACGGAUAUGUGCCACCAGGGUUUCUCACCGAGAGACAUCUGGAUGGUCGGCUCUUCCUGCUCUGUGACAGGCAGAAAGGCAGGGCAGGACCCUGGGGGGAGGGGGCAGAGGCAGUCCUGGGAGAUGACACCUGGGACACAGAGACCCAGGAUUUGCAGGGAACAGAUAGCCUCAGGAUGACCCUGGCACAUGUCAAGGGCCAGAAAGGAGCUGAGUCCUGGCAUUCGCUGCAGGGGAUAAGGGAAUGUGACAUCCACGAAGACGUCAGCACCAGCAGCUUCAGCUUCUACUACGGUGGGCAGCGUGUCCGCUUCCAGAACCUGAGGGCUCAGGCAUGGGCGGUACCCCAGUCCUCAAGGGCUCAGACCUUGGCUAUGAAAAUCCAGAAGGUCUAG